CCCCGGGCUCCAUCUGACACCCAAUGAAAUAUUGUCAAGUGGAUCCCUGUAAAGCAAUUUGGCAAAAUGCCCUGUACACAUAGCAUGGUCGGAAAACAAAAGGGUAAAAAUCUCAUCAUAAUUAUUUCCCCAUGAAUUCAACGAGCGUUGAAGUCAAAAACAUCAGCAGUACCCUACAAAGGAUAACCAGUAUUUAAGCAAUGGAAAACAGUUCUCUGCAUUUCAAAGAUAACUUUGAGUACACACAAAAUAAAGCUAAAAACCCGCCAGCCCUUCUAUUAUAGGAAAGAGCAAAUCUGCCGUUUGGUUGGCAGUUAUAAACCACUUAUAAGCCAAAACUUCAUUCGUUUACUUGUGAACAUGGCUUCAAACACUUGGACCAGCUUCCAUAUUCUCACCUUGUUCUUGAUCUUAUUUCCGUUAUCAAACUCCAUUGAUUUCAAUUACCCUGCUGUUUUCAACUUUGGAGAUUCGAAUUCUGAUACAGGUAAUCUUGUUGCUGGCCUUGGCGAACGGCUUGAUCCACCAAAUGGUCAGAUUUACUUCAAAAAACCAUCUGGGAGAUUCUGCGAUGGCCGUCUGAUUAUUGAUUUUUUAAUGGAUGCAAUGGACUUGCCGUUUCUGAAUGCAUAUUUGGAAGCUAUUGGGGCACCAAGUUUUAGAAAAGGAUGCAACUUUGCAGCUGCAGGUUCUACCAUACUUCCAGCUACUGCAUCUUCUGUUAGCCCUUUUUCAUUUGGGAUUCAAGUGGCUCAAUUUUUCAGAUUCAAGACUCGAGUUCAAGAACUUCAGGCUAAAACAAGCAAAUAUGACAAGUACAUCCCACCUCGAGAUUUUUUUCAGAAGGGGCUUUACAUGUUUGAUAUAGGACAGAAUGAUCUUGCAGGAGCUUUCUAUUCUAAGACCUUUGAUCAAAUUCUAGCUUCAAUUCCAUCAAUUCUAUUAGAAUUUGAAGAUGGCAUCAAGAGAUUAUACGACCAACAGGCAAGAAACUUUUGGAUUCAUAACACAGGCCCCCUUGGUUGUUUACCACAGAAUAUUGCCAAAUUUGGAAAUGAUCCAUCAAAGCUUGAUGAACUUGGAUGUGUUAGCACCCACAAUCAAGCUUCAAGACUUCUCAAUCUGCAACUUAAUGCACUCACUAAAAAGUUGCAAGGCCAAUAUCCAGAUGCAAAUUUCACAUAUGUGGAUAUUUUCACAAUCAAGUACAAUCUCAUAGCAAACUAUUCUCGAUAUGGAUUUGAAGAGCCCAUAAUGGCAUGCUGUGGAUAUGGAGGUCCACCUUUGAACUAUGACAGUAGAAUCACCUGUGGACAAACUAAGGUAUUGAAUGGAAGUUCAGUGACAGCCAAAGGUUGUAAUGACAGCACAGAAUAUGUGAAUUGGGAUGGGAUUCACUACACUGAGGCUGCAAAUCAGUAUGUUGUAUCACAGAUUCUCACUGGAAAAUACUCUGAUCCAUCGUUUUCAGACAGGAUGCCUUUCCUUUUAAAACUUAAAUUCUAAAUUGUUUUAUAGCUAUGUGUUUUUAUAUUUCUUGAUCUAUUAUAUAUAACCAAAAUCUAUUAAUGAAUUAAGUUAUUCAUUCAAUGUUCUCUGAAAAAGUUCAAGAUGGAAAUGUAGAGAUGAAUAAUUUUGCAGGGGAGAAUUUCUUGAAAAUGAUAUAUAGAGUUCAUGUGUCGUUUAACCAGUAAA